AAGGACUAUAUAUCAAGAAAGGGGGGGAAACAGAAGAGAGAUCAAGAUUGAGAUAAAGCGGCAAAAGGGAGAAAUUUUACUCAGGGCCAGCCACCGACCGCCGAGAUGGACAGCGGAGAGCAGCGUCGCGUGACGGUGCUGGAGCGCUGCUUGGGCUCCCUCGCCGCCGUCAGCCCUGCGCCUCCUCCGCUGCAGGAAAAGGUCGAAGCCUCCAACUUCAGCGAGCGGCUUCAGCUGAACUAUUGCCCCACCAAACACUCGGAGAUCCUGCGUUCCCUCCAGCCGCAGGAGCAGCCCGCCUUCGCUGCGGCCCGAGAGGACGAGGAGGCGGCCGUGGAGAUCCACUGGACGCCGGCUUUCGGAAGGUAUCUCGUGGCCGCGCGGGACAUCGCCGCGGGUGAGGUAGUGUUCCGCGAGGCGCCCCUGGUGGUGGGGCCCAAGGCAGGGGCGGGGGCCACCUGCUUGGCGUGUCUGAAGGCGCUGCCGGGGGACACGUGGGAAGGCUGUGAGCACUGCGGCGCCCCGCUCUGUCGCCCGCAGUGCGGCGGAAAAGGACACAACGAGAGGGAGUGCGGACUGCUUGCGCUUCUCGGCCUCAAACACGAACCUCAAAACACCAGCCGCAUCAGGCAGCUGAACGCCCUUCUGGCGCCCCUCAGGGUCCUUCUGCUGAUGGAACGGACGCCGGCGGUAAAGAGCAUCGUGGACGCGCUGCAGAGCCACGUGGAGGAGCGCCGCGACCUUCCGAUCGGUCGGUUUGUCGAGACGCACAUCGUUGCCGUGCUGCGGGAGAGACUGCGCCUGGCGUUCGCGGCGGAGGAGAUCCGGCGCGUGUGCGGCGUGUGCGACACCAACAGCUACCAGGUGAGCGAGGGCGAGGGCAAGGUCGGCCGCGCGCUCUUCGUGGCGGCGUCCCUCAUGAACCACUCGUGCACGGCCAACACCCAACACUGGUACAGGGACGGCAUCAUGAGCGUGCGUGCCGUGGUGGACAUCCCCGAGGGCGCGCCGGUUACGUACGCUUACACCAACGUCCUGUGGGGCACCCGCGCCCGCGCCGCCCACCUGGCCACCGCCAAGCUCUUCACGUGCGGGUGUGAGCGCUGCGGCGACCCCACGGAGUUGGGUUCCCAUAUCAGCUCCGUCAAGUGCCGCGAAUGCCCCCAGGGCCUUAUGCUGCCUCCGUCGGUUGCCGGCGCCCCUUGGCAGUGCCGGGCGUGCGGCGCUAGCGUAUCUGCAAUCGCCAUAGAUACUUUGGUGCGUGCUGGGGGAGCCGCCCUGGGUCGCCUGCAGCCAGAGGACGCCCGAUCCGUCGCGGCCACCCUCGCCCACCUCACGCGCAUCCUGGGCGACACGCACUAUGUCGUGGUCGAGGUCAAGCACGUUCUUGUUCGUGCCAUUAUGGCGACGUCGCUCUUGGAUAUAACCCAGGUUGACCUGGAGAGGGUGUUGGAUUUGACCUCUGAUCUGCUCCGCCUUGCUGACCGGUUACAACCCGGACUUACGAAAAUCAGAGGACUGUUACUUCUGGAGCGCUCCCGUGCCCUGGCGGAACUACUGCGGCGCUGCAACACGGGGGCGGAAGGUGAUACUGCAGCUCAUUUGGAGGCUAAAACAUGCAACAUUCCCGGUUCUGCGACUCUUUUACAGAACUUGACGGAGGAUCUAGCUAAAUGUGAGGCCAUUCUUCUCUAUGAUUCCCGGUUGUCAGAAGUCACGGAAGUAAAGCAGCGUCUAGAAACCCUUCAGCCAGUGAUAAAAACCAAACUCUUGUCAAAAGAGACGAAGAAAAUAAACGUCACUAAUAAGAUAACUGGAGACUCGUCAAGACAUGUAUCCAUAGGAGGAAACUGAUGGAAAUGUCAACCGUCGUUUUGAUCGGUAUGGUUAUAUUUUCUUGGGCUCCUUUCAUUCACGAUGUCCAGACAGAUACAUACAUAUACAUGCAAAGUGGCACCACAAGGAUAUAUUCAGAAGACGGGAAGGACAGUAUAUGUCAAUUAACUUUACCUUUUUUACGGUGAUAUGUGUUGAGUAAUGAUUAAGAUAUUUAGGGUAAUUACAUCUUGGAAAACAAUUUUCUAAAUAUCCAAACUUUAAUUAUAAGAUUUAAUUAAACUAUUGUUCAUGAGAUAUGUUCCAUAUCGUUCUUACCUUAGCAAGAAUGUAACAAAGUUACUUAGUUUCAAACUGAAGCUUUAUUUUCUUUUCCCUGUAAAUCUAAGAAAUUUAGCUUGCCGAGAGGACUGACCGUGAAAUGGAUUGCAAAUUUGCAAGUAAAGCAUAGACUUACUUUUUUAUUGUCUUACUUUCUUGAUCUAAUCUAACUGAGCAGGCAUUAUAUAAAGCUUAUACUAUAUAAUUAAUGAAAAUGCAAAGCUCAAGUUGAAAUACAGUGGAUACCAAUGAAAUAAAUGGACAGCGAGAUGAGUGCUGAAUAGAUACUCUUUGUAUAAGCUCUAUAUAUCCUAUAGUUUGCAAUGUAUACUGAUUUUAAAUAAAUUGAAUGCUACGA